AUUACAAUCAUACUAACGAUGUUGUGUUUUGUUAAUAACACAAGGAUCUUUAAAUUACUUCAAGUUUUCAUACAAAGGUCUCUGUUUUAAUAACUCCAAAUGCUAAACAAUUUGGUUCUUUCAUUAUCAGACAAGAAAUUAAUAUUCUCGAAAAUGAGUUGGUUAAUUAUUACGACUCAUUCAUGGAACAGGUUAACUAAUAGAGCCAGUCCGAACCCGAUGCAUAUAUAUAUUUGAUCUAUAUUUUUAAUAAUAUUUUUUAUAUCUAAAUGAAACAUUUUACCAAAUUUUGUGUUUUUGAAAUAGUGUAAAAGACACGACUUGAAAAAUUCAAAUAUUAAUCAAACAACGCAAUUUGUACAUGAGGUAGGUAUUUUCUUUGAAAAUGUACAUUGUUUCCGUAUAUUAGGUGUCCCGGAAACUAAGGGCGCCUGCAGCAAGUCCAAGUUGUGACAAGCUCUUUGGGGGAAUAUAUAUAACAUUUUAAAUGGUUUUGAUGGUAGUAUAACUUUGACAGGUGGCUUAAAAAAAUCAAGAAUGAUGACAUCAUGAUUAUACGGCGUAGUCGGCAUUAACUUUACAAAAACCGCCAAUUUCCUUGGACGUGUAAAACCGUUUUCUCUUUCGAUUUUGAAUACAAAUACUAAUGUACGUCUUAAAUAAAAUAUAAUACAAUGGCAUCAGACGAUCGUUUUUCAAUGACAACUGAGAAGUACUUAGCAAGGCAUCAAGUUCUUGUUUAUAUGGAGGAUGCAGUUGCCCAAUUGUUAGAACACAGGGAGGAAAACUCCAAAAUCAACCCCAUUAAAUUCUUAUGUGAAUAUUUCAAUAGUGUCAGAGAUGGAAACCACACAAUGUUCAGAGAAUACAGUUACAUCCAUGCAACACCACACAACAGAGCAUCAUUUGUUCGCCUUUUCUGGAAAUGCUACCGACAAAUAGGAAAGAAAGGAGAUUUAUUAAGUAUACAGGAGUACCAUUCUCUGCUGUCCCUCCUCUGUUCAGACUUUCCUUUUGAACCAGUUCAAAAAACAGCUAAAAUAAUUCUACUAGAUGAUGCUUUGGACUGCUUGAUCUCGUUUUCUGAUUUUAUCUACGCCUUCCAAGUGCAGUUUUAUUUUGAAGAAUUCAUUGAGAAGAGUCAUGAGAUGUACCAGUCCCUGCACCAGACCCAGAGGAGCCCCAGGGACCCUGUGGUGGUCCCCUCAGGCAGUGAUGACACAAAGGUCCACCAGAACAGUCACCACCCUGGGGACGGGGUGGACGCCACCCAGUACUUCCGUGCAAUAUACCCUCUCUGUGAUAGGUCUAACUUCAGCACUCCUCCUGUGAAUGUCCUGAAAGAAAUCUUGUUUAACAUCCCAAGAGUAUCAUUCUAUGGCUUCCUAAUGGCUAUAGCAAAAAGUGAACGAAUUAAUGAACACAUAGGUCGACUGCCAUCCAAGGCGGAGUUACUGGAAGGAGCGGAUGCUGAUUUGACAGUACAAGAGGCGGCCAUUCAAAAUCAUGUCAGCCCCACAGUAAGAUUAAGUAACAGUACCACAGCUAGCAGCAAGUCCAAGGGUCACCCCAUUUCUGCCACCACCCCCUCAGAUGCCCCUCAGAAUGUGUACCCCACUCAGAGACCCCCCUCAGCCAAUCAACGAAAAACCCCACCGUCACGCACUGGGGCAGUGAACCACUCGAUGAAGAUUAAAAGGGGGACUGUGAAAAAAGACAGUACAGAUGAGAGUAGUUCUGACGACACGGACGAUUCCUCAGACACUAAUUAAGCCCAUCACGGAGCUUAAAACUUUAUUUAUUGUUAUCACAUUAUAUAACGGAAUACUUCCCUUGCAUUGUUGAUUUUAGUGCCACUACAUCCAUUUUUACAUGAUGUUUUGUGAACACACUAAAAAUUGCAUGCAAGUCAAGUUUUUCAUGCAUGUUUAUGUUUGUACAUCCAUGUACAAGUAAAUUAUACAGUUUUCUUCCAAAGUACUGUGGUUUAAAAACCAAGCAAUAUACUUUAUCCACAGCAGAAUUAAUUGGAUUUGUUAGCAUAUUUGCGUUUGUGAAAAUCUGAAUUGAGAUUGUUAUGUUCUGGUUUUCUGUGCAUUAAUUAAAACCAUAUUAUACCAGUAA